UUCCCGAAGGCCCAGGCGCCCCGCCCCCACCUUCCUCCCCUGAACCCUCUUCUCCGCGCCCCGGUCCGGUCUCCUGUUACCGGUGCCACCCGCUCCCGGGGGACACCCAGAGGCGCCCGUCCCGCCACCACCUGCGAUCACGGGGGUAGCCCGGGGCCGUUCCGGAGUCGCCCGGACCCGAGAGGCUGCUGCACCGGGCCUUAGCCACCCCUCCGGAUGCUGGUGCUGCCGUCGUCCCCCUGCCCGCAGCCCCUGGCGCUUCCCUCUGCAGAGGCCAUGGAGGCCCCUCCCUCUCCGACAGGCAGGUCUCCAGAACCCGGACCCUCCUCCUCCACAGGACCUCCCCAGACUUCCUCGUCUCCGAGGCCCAACCACUACCUGCUUAUUGACACCCAGGGCAUCCCAUACACUGUGCUGGUGGACCAGGAGUCUCAGAGAGAGCCUGGGGCAGAUGGGGCAUCAGCUCAGAAAAAGUGCUACAGCUGCCCCGUGUGCUCCCGGGUCUUCGAGUACAUGUCCUACCUGCAGCGACACAGCAUCACCCACUCGGAGGUGAAGCCCUUCGAGUGUGACACCUGUGGGAAGGCAUUCAAGCGGGCCAGCCACCUGGCUCGGCACCACUCCAUUCACCGGGCCGGCGGCGGGCGACCCCAUGGCUGUCCGCUCUGCCCUCGCCGCUUCCGUGAGGCGGGGGAGCUGGCCCAGCACAGCCGGGUCCACUCGGGGGAGCGCCCAUUUCAGUGCCCCCACUGCCCCCGUCGAUUUAUGGAGCAGAACACGCUGCAAAAGCACACUCGGUGGAAGCAUCCGUGAGCCAGGCUGUGGGGUACCCCAAGGACCAUGGGGUUCUGGGGGGAGCCUGGCCUCCUGCCACCCUCAGACACCCGGCCAGUGUGGAAGGCUGGGUUGCAGCCCUGGACACAGACACACCUCCUGCAAAGGCCAAGCCCUGCCUGAAGGAGGAGCCCACGAGUAGCCUUCGUGUUUUGGAGCUAAGACGGAAACAAGACCUUAACAUUCGCAGAGUGGAGCCCUCCAGCCUCAUGCUGAGCCGACUGGAGAUGUGGGGGGAGAGUUCUAUGUGUGGAAAUUCUCCAGCCUGAAAAAAGUGGUUGGGAGCCAUCAAGAAUCUGCACCAGCUUCCCGAGGCCUCCAUGCUGAUGCUGGGGGAAGGGACCCCAGACCUGCCUCCCAACCCCCAGCCAGGGCCUGAGACUGGACACCCAGUAAACACCUUUCCCAUUUUGAGCACUUGAGAUUUGUUUUUGGGGACAGCGGCUUGGCCUGCCUGCUGCCUAACAGGGAGACUCAGCAAGUGCCUGGCCCACCUCUUUUUGGGCAGAAGAACAAAUCAGCCAUUUCUUCUCCGCAGAGAGGGAAGGAGCUUCCCAUUGUCUGACCUCAAAUAACAGGAACAGCGCCCUGAUCUUGAGCUUAGACUAUGGCCAGGUGCUGGGCUGAGCAUCUUGCACGGGUCACACCAGUGCAAAAUGCUUGGCUUACCUGGUGAGGGGUGGGAAGGUUGGCCUCUGCACUGGGGUCAGUCCUAGCGUGGCUCCUCAACGUGCGUCACCUAGGUGGCGUGUUUUUACCCCCCCCCCCCAAAGCUAGGAUCUAUUGUAAGAAACAUUUUAUUUGGCAACCCAGUAUAAGAUACACAAAAUAUAUGUGAAACAAAACUUAAACAAUACUGAAUCUCUGCCAUGCGCAGUCCACUUUUUCUUGCUCUUGCCAGUUCUGUUCCAUUAUAUUGAAUUCCCUGCCCAUGAACUGUAGUUUGCAAAACACUGAUCUAGGGCAGGUGCCUCCCCCUGGACGUUUUGACCCAGCCUGCAAUUUAUUUGUAAUGUGAAGCAGGUAGGACAGGAGGGUGGCCACAGCUUUCUGUGGUCUAAGUGGUGGAGACAUUUAAAGUCUCCUUCUGCAAGGUUAUAGCCCUACUCUCCAAGGGUUGGCAAAAAUUCCAGUAGCAACUGGUGACUGGAAGGAGAGGCAGGGAGCUGAGCCGGAAGCUGAAUAAACAUCUUCUUAAUGAAUUUU